AUGGCUGCGUCCCUGGUGUUCAGACUACAUGACAGAGGUCCAGAGGUGGUGAGGGAGGUUCUCCUGGAGCGAGGGUGGGAGGAAUUUGAUGAAGAAGAACGAGAGGAGGGGGACUGGAACCUCUACUGGCGCAGCUCUGCAUUUCGCAACUCAGAAUAUCACAGCCUGUUGCCAUGGCAGCGCCUCAACCACCAUCCCAAAACUCUUGGCAUCACACGAAAGGACUGCUUGGCACGCAACCUAAGGAGGAUGAGAUCCACGUUUGGUUCAUCUCUGUAUGACUUCAGUCCCACUGUCUUCAUCCUCCCCAACGACUACACACGCUUCCUGGCUGAAUACAACAGACUGCGUCUGACCAGAGGACCGUCGCUGUACUGGAUAUGUAAGCCUGUGGAUCUCUCCAGAGGCAGAGGGAUCUUCAUCUUUGAGGAUAUGAAGGACUUGGUCUACGACUGCUCUGUGAUUGUACAGAGGUACAUCAGCAACCCUCUGCUGAUCUCCGGCUACAAGUUUGACCUGAGGAUCUAUGUGUGCGUUAAGAGCUUCCAUCCGCUGACUGUUUACAUUCAUCAGGAAGGACUGGUGCGAUUCGCCACUGAGAAGUACAACCUGUCAUCUCUGCAAAACCUGUUCGCUCACCUCACCAACACCAGCAUCAAUAAGUUUGGUCCUUUCUACAAAACCGAAAAAGGGAGAGUGGGCCAAGGAUGCAAGUGGACUAUGAGCAAGUUCAGGCAUUUCCUCCAAAGCCAAGACAUCAACGAGCGUCUUCUGUGGCAGAAAAUCAACAACAUCGUCACUCUGACCCUCCUCACCAUCGCUCCCUCCGUCCCCUCCUGUCCAAACUGCGUGGAGCUGUUUGGCUUCGAUAUCCUUAUUGACAUCAAGUUUAAACCCUGGCUGCUGGAGGUCAACUACAGUCCCGCGUUGACUCUGGACUGUCAAGCUGAUAUCACAGUGAAGAAAGGACUGAUCAGCGAUCUGAUUGAUUUGAUGAACUACACAUCGAUUGACAGUUUAAGAGAGAAAGCUUAUCAGAAACAUAAGUGCAAGCAGCCUUGUUUCCAUGCCAACCUUCCCUCACACGUUCCUGUGCUCUCCAAGUUUAAAGAAACCAAAUUUCAGAGUAAAACGAGUGGCAUCCAGCCCUCACAAACUCAGGCACUCCCUCUGCUGAAAACUCUUCCCCAGUCUGAACAGAUGAAACAAAGACAAUCCAGACAGCAUGCUUUUGUCGCAGACAUCCGAAGACACCUUCCCCCUGUUGACUUAAACAAGUUAUUUGCAGCCAGGGGCAGAAAGCCUAACACCACAGUUACCAAAACCCAUACCGACAAGACCCUGAACCUGAUACUUGUCCCACAUUCAAGGACAAACACGUCAGUGGUAAACAGACCGACGUGUCCAGCCUUUGCACCGUGGCUGAUGGACAACAGAAGUCUUCACGUGUCUGAGGUUACAAACCACGACGACACCGAAACAGAAGCUGAGCUGGAGCCCUCAGGAGAGACACGCGUUUCCUCUAAGAUACCCGAUAUCCGACAGAGCGGGCUGGGAUCCACACGUUCUGCUGUGUCCUGGAAGCUCCCCAACAUUUACAGCGGGAGCCACAAGCCAGUAAGGACUCCUUUAGAGGGAACCACAGCACUGAAUGGACAACAUAUUCCUCCGCUCAGAGUUGGAGACUUCAUACGGACCUUCCCCUUCAACACGGCCACUCUGAAGGCCUCGCGGCAGGAGCUGGAUGUCAAGAGCAUCAUACAGGAGCUUCAUAAGCUGACGGGUCAGCUGGCUUCAGGCCAGGACAAGACAAAGUGGAGGAGGGAAGAGGACGAGCUGAAGGAAGAUACAGAGGGCGAAGAAGAUUUUGAUUCACUGUUCUGGGGGCCAAAGGACCCUCCACUGCUCAGUCGAUGCUUCAAACCACGUGCAGAAUACAAUAGUUUGAAAACUACACCUCAAGAUAUUUUUGGUCCAAAACUCCAUGACUGA